AUGGGUCAAACUUCGUCAAAGACCCUCCAAGUGCCACAACAGCCGAUUGUUCAGCAACAACAAUCAGAGUCCUUGGUGCAAACUGUCCAAUCAGUGUCACCCGGAUUUGGACGUGCACAAACGAUGCUCGAUGUGACACAGGCUCAAUUGGCAUCGUCCACAACGGAUGUUGCCGUCGGUGGACUCCCACGUUCGACGUCAGAUCCAGCACUGAAUACGUCGUCGCAAACAGCCUGCCAAAAGUCGUACCAACAAGCGCUGGAAUGGGGACGCAACGAGCAGUUCCUCAAGUUGGCUCACACUUUCCACACCAACAACUAUUGA